AUGGGUCUUCGUCACUCAUUCAAGCCCCAAGCUGCACUCGCUCUUCUUUCGAACGCCAUUCUAUUCAGCUCGCUUCUCUCUGGUGCAGCAGCUCAGGAUGAUUCUACCAAACUUCGAGACUGCUUGAGCAGCUCCAGCAUUCUAGCUUCUCUGGCAACCUUUUCAGAUGCUGCGAACUGGGAGACUGUCACGUCUCCAUGGGCUCUACGAUUUAACCCUGAGCCAGCCGCUGUCGUUGUCCCUCGCACCAGGGAAGAGAUCGCUGCCGCGUUGGCAUGCGCUGUCGAUGCGGGUGUCAAAGUCUCGCCGCUGAACGGAGGACAUUCCUAUGGAGCCUACGGUCUCGGUGGCGUAGAUGGAGCACUUGUGAUCAAUAUGGAGCGCUUCACUGAAACCACUUUCAAUGAGGCGAAAGGUCUAUUCACUUACGGUGGAGGAAGCCGGGUUGGCCCAGCCGCAACAUGGCUGUGGGAAAACCAUGGGCGUCACUUUCCCCACGUCCGAGCCAACUGGGUCGGUCUUUCUGGUUCAUCUAUCGGUGGUGGCUUUGGUACUACUAGUCGUUUCCUUGGCACUCCGAUGGACAACCUCGAUAGCGUUGAGGUGAUGCUGCACAACGGCACCAUCGUAACCGCUUCCCGCACAGAAAACCCUGACCUUUUCUUCGUCGUGCAAGGUGCUGGCUCGUCCUACGGUAUCCUCUUGUCUCUGACUACCCGUACUUGGAAGCCAGAGUUCGAGGUCGCCACAAACUUCACAAUUUCACUAGGUGCCGUGGACCUUGACACAGGGGUCCAAGCCCUUAUGGACAUUCAAGAGUGGGCCAUGACCGAAGCUCCCGACACCUUCGCCCUGCGAUGGCAGCUUGCUGGCGAGUGGAACGGCAGCGGUUACUUCUAUGGUGACCCGGAUGAGUUCGACGCACUCUUCGCUGGUCUUGUUGAGCGACUUCCAAACACCACCACAACUACCAAGUCCACGGCAGAUUUCUGGACGAUGGAGAACUUCGCCGCUCCGCUGCUCAAUGGCACUGCCGACACCUUCCCUCCGCGCAGCAUGUACCUGCAAGCUCUUGUCUUGCGCGAAGACCAACCUUUCACAUUCGAGUCCGCCAAGGCGCUGUACCAGUACACUACACUCGCCUUUAACCGCACCGACCUGACCGAAUUUGGCUUCUUGGACCUCUGGGGUGGCGUAUCCCGCGAUGUCGACGACUCCCAACAAGCCAUGGCCUACUCCAACAACCAGUGGCUAAUCCGCUGGGAAGGGCGCCUCGCUAACGGCCUGACACAGUGGCCUGCUGAUGGCAUUGAGUACAUGCAAGCUGGUUUUAGGCCAUUCAAGGAGCAGUUGAAGAAGGAAGAUGUACCACUUAGGGGCUUUGUCAACUAUAGAGACACUGAGCUUACUCUGGAGGAGUGGAGCGUCAGGCUUUACGGUGACAACUUUGAGAAAAUGAAGAAAAUCAAAUCGGAGUUAGACCCUCAGGAUGUGUUCACCACCCACGCGCAGAGUAUUCCUUCGUCGUAA